CAUUUCCAAUUAUUUUUGUAUUCCCCGUGACAAUGCAAAUGAAAUGGAAAGUUGAAUUACCAAGCAGCCCAUUUGCUGUCAGAGAGAGUGAACUUUCUUUUGGCUUUUGGUGUUGGUUUGCCUUGAGUUGAGAAAGCUAAAGAAAGAUCAAAAAGCAUCACCACCUAUAUCUAUUUGCAUCCAUCAUUUUCAUUUGGGAAAUGGGAGUGUUUUGGAGAUGAUUUGGAUGUUUAUUGUGCUCCCUCUAAUGGGAUCGCUAAUUCUUUCCUCUUUCUAACGCUCACCGCCGCAACCCCCAUCUCUCUUAAACUUUCAAAAAGGAAGCUUCCUUAAAGCUGAAGCCUUUCUGAUUCAGAUGGGUCUGGGCAGACCUCACAAGGUUGGCAAUGGAGUUUCUACCAGAUGGGUAACUGUCUUCUGCAUUGCCAGCUUCUUCUUGGGUGUUCUUGUUGUUAACAGGUUCUGGACUGUCCCUGAUCCAGUGAGAAUGGAUGAGGAAGAUUCACCUAAGGAGAAACAUCAAUUGAGAGCUGUUCAGCCUAUUGUUAAUUGUGAUAAGAAGGAGGCUUCUGACCAGGUGGGGGACAUCCUUUCACAAGUUUCACAGACACAUGAUGUAAUAAUGACAUUAGACAAGACAAUCUCCUCAUUGGAGGUGCAACUAGCUGCAGCUAGAGCUGCGAAAGCUGACAGUGAGGAAGGAUCUCCGAUGGUUACAAAACAAGGAAGUGAUCUCUUGAAGGAACGGCCAAAGGUUUUCUUUGUUAUGGGAAUCAUUACAGCAUUCAGCAGCAGAAAGCGAAGGGACUCAAUCAGAGAAACAUGGAUGCCUCAAGGAGAUGAGUUAAAGCGGUUAGAAACAGAGAAAGGAAUCAUAAUACGGUUUGUGAUUGGACACAGUGCAAGUCCAGGUGGUGUUUUGGACCGUGCAGUUGAUGCAGAAGAUGAGCAACAUAAGGAUUUUUUGCGACUUAACCAUGUGGAAGGAUACCAUGAAUUGUCCUCAAAAACCCAAAUAUAUUUUUCAACAGCUGUUGCUAAAUGGGAUGCUGACUUCUAUAUCAAAGUUGACGAUGAUGUUCACAUUAAUAUUGGUAUGGUAGGUUCUACUCUGGCGCGUCAUAGGUCAAAACAUCGUGUUUAUAUAGGUUGCAUGAAGUCUGGUCCUGUCCUGGCACAGAAGGGGGUCAGGUAUCAUGAACCGGAAUAUUGGAAAUUUGGUGAGGAGGGUAAUAAGUACUUUAGGCAUGCAACAGGGCAAAUUUAUGCGAUCUCCAAAGAUCUGGCCACUUACAUUUCCGUAAAUCGAAACAUACUUCACAAAUAUGCAAAUGAAGAUGUUUCGCUGGGUUCUUGGUUUAUUGGUCUCGAUGUUGAGCACAUUGAUGAUCGAAGCCUGUGCUGUGGGACUCCUCCUGACUGUGAAUGGAAAGCUCAAGCAGGAAAUCCAUGUGCUGCGUCGUUUGAUUGGAGCUGCAGUGGCAUUUGCAAAUCGGUGGAGAGAAUGGAGGAGGUGCACCAACGCUGUGGAGAAGGUGAAGGAGCCAUCUGGCACACCAGCUUCUAACGAAAAACUCUUAAAUCUUCUGCAUUGGCGGCGAUUGUAAUAUAAAAAUGUGAAUUUGAAAAUGUGCUACUUACCAUCUGCCCCAUUUUUGCUUAUUGAUGCCUCGGGAUAGUUGGUAUUUGAUUAAUUUAAUUGCUGCACAUAUUGGAUAA